AUGGACAAUAUCAAUUUUGACAUCAACGAGGCUCUCAAGCUCUACAUGAGCGACCCUGCCACCAUACCAACACCCGAAGCAGAUGCCUCCUUCUUCGACUGCGAGAACGACCCCGAGUCUCUCACCAACGCCGUCAUAAAUCCCAUCCUCAACCCUAUUAUUGACGCUGUGGCCGGAAAUCCAGACGCCAUAACGCGCAGCGCACACUUCGAUUCUCUACAAUUCUUGCUAAAGUACACUCCAUUCCUUCCCACACACGCCCUCUCCAAGGUCUUUGACCUGAUCACCUCCGGGCUAUCGACCGAGGCAGACCUCAUACAUAAUGAUCUCGAGUCAGACGAACAGGAUCUGCUCUCCCACCAUAAACAUCUCCUUGAAAUAUAUGGGUUUCUGUUACAAUGGACCAUAUCCUGUGUCGAGACCAAGGCUGCCGACAAGACCUCGACUGCACCCGUGGCGCGUGGCAGGAAAUCCAAGAGCAAGAAGGCCAGCUCCGGCGACAAGGAUGGCCACUGGGACAGCGCAGCGCAGCUUCAGAUUGCUCUUGAUACCAUGUGCAAGGUGUUGCGCCUGAAACUAGGCAAAAUCUUUUUGACGACUUCGGAGCGUGACACAUUCAUCGGUCUCCUGACCCGCCCCGUCUACCUCAUACUCGAAAGCGAGCAGCGGGUCAAGAGCACAACCAUUCGCAUGCACGCGUUCAAAGUUCUUUGCAUUGCUAUCAAGCACCACGGCCACGGAUAUGCUGCCCAGAUCUCCAUUGUACAAAACCUGACCUAUUUUGAACAUCUCUCGGAACCCAUGGCGGAGUUUCUGCACAUCCUCGCAGAGCAAUACGACUAUCCGCAACUUGGCGAGGAGAUCUUGCGCGAGCUCAGUAACAAGGAGUUCAACAGUAACGACACCAGGGGGCCCAAGUCCGUCUCUACCUUCAUGGUCAAGCUGUCCGAGCUGGCGCCGAGGCUCGUGAUUAAGCAGAUGACGAUGCUGGCCAAGCAACUUGAUAGCGAGUCCUAUACGCUGCGGUGCGCCCUCAUCGAAGUCUGCGGAAACAUGCUCAUCUAUCUCAGCAAGCAAGAGGAGAGAGGCGAGAAUUACAAAUCCCAGCUGAAUGCAUUCUUUGACGUCUUGGAGGAACGCUUUCUCGACAUCAACCCGUACUGCCGGUGCAGGGCUAUCCAGGUCUACGUUAAGCUUUGCGACCUGCAACAAAAGUUUCCCAAGCGGAGGCAGAAGGCUGCGGAACUGGCGUGCCGGAGCCUGGAAGACAAGAGCAGCAACGUCCGCCGGAACGCCAUUAAGCUACUGGGCUGCCUCAUCAAGACACAUCCGUUCACUGUCAUGCAUGGAGCCCAGCUGGCCCGCAAGGACUGGCAAGAGCGCCUCGACAAGGUGGACCAAGAGCUUGACGCCCUCAAGCCCCCGGCAGGCGCACCCGAGAUGGAUAGCCAGGGCAAGGCCGAUAUCACUGUGGACGAGCAGCUCUUGGACGAGGUAACGCAGAUCGAGUCGCCCCAGAAGAAGGCACCUGCGGAAAUGACGGACGAAGAGAAAGCUGUGGCUAUCCAGAAGGCACAGGAGGAGGCAGCGACCUCGGAAGCGAUCGAGAAGCUCACACUGACGAGGCGCUAUUAUACCGAAGCACUGAAGUUCAUCGAUGUCCUUCAUGACUCCACAGGCACGAUCUGCCAGCUGCUUGGCGCCAGGAACAAGAGCGAGGUCAUCGAGGCCAUAGACUACUUCGAGGUCGGCGACGCUUACAACAUCGAGCAGAACAAGGUCGGUAUCCGCCGAAUGCUGCGCUUGAUCUGGACCAAGGGCAACAGCGACGAGGGCAAGGGUGUGCAGACCCAUCUUAUCGAAUGCUACAAGCGGCUCUUCUUCGAGGCGCCCGACUCGUUCAGCGCCAACGAUGCAGCCAACUACAUCGCACGAAAUAUGAUCAGUCUGACUUUCGGGGCCACUCCUGCGGAAUUGACCUCCCUCGAACAGCUUCUAAGCACGAUGAUGAAACAAGGCAUGAUCCCGGACAUUGUCAUUGCAAAGCUGUGGCAGGUCUAUGGUGUGCAGAAGCGCGAGAUCUCGAGGACACAGAGGCGGGGUGCCAUCAUUGUCCUAGGCAUGUUGGCGACCGCAAGUCCGGAAAUUGUCGUUAGCGACAUGGAGACUAUGCUUCGAACCGGUCUCGGGCCUCAAGGCCGCAACGACCUACAAUUGGCCAAGUACACCUGCAUCGCCCUGCGCCGCUUGAAUCCUACUGGCCGGCAGGCUAAGGAGUCAGCGGUCAAGUUCUCGCGGUUGCCCAACGAGCAUGCGGUGCUGCAGAAACUAGCUGCUAUCACGGAGGUUCCUUUCGAGAGCGAAGAGUGGUAUGGGGUUGCUGAGCAGGCUAUCAACGCCAUCUACUCCAUCUCCAAGCACCCGGAUGUGCUGUGCUCCGAGAUUAUCCGUCACAAGACGAAAGCUGUCUUUGGCCCUCAGAGACCACGGUCUAGUUCUGACCAGCGCCCUGGAUCUCGAGAUUCUCAGAAGACAGCACAAAGCGUGCAAGGUUCAAAGGAAGAACAGACAUCUCCUGAAGAGCUAGCAGUGCAGGCUGACGAAGCCGGCGGCGAGGUUGCUCCUCCUGCCACACCGGCAACGCCUCAGAAGACAUCACCACCACAAAAAUCCAGCCCUCAGAAGCAGCAAAAGGGAAAAAGGGAUAACGCCAUUGCCCUGUCGCAGCUCCUUUUCAUUGCUGGCCAUGUCGCCAUCAAGCAGAUUGUUCAUCUCGAGCUCUGCGAGCUUGACUUCAAGCGACGGAAGCAAGAGAAGGAGAAGGUCGUUGCUGCGGAGAAGGCGGCCGAGGCCGAAUCACGGCGGACCAGCAAAAACGGCGACAAGGACAAGGAAGACCCUGAGGACGAGCUUGACCUAAUUGGCGGCACGACAGAGGACGACUUCACGGAAGCUAUGCAGCACAUUCGAGAGCGUGAGCUCCUUUAUGGGCCAGAAAGCCUGCUCGCGAUGUUCGGUCCCAUGGUCAGCGAGAUCUGUGCUAACAACACCAAGUACAAGGACAAGGGCUUGCAGGCUGCUGCUACUCUCUGCUUGGCAAAGCUGAUGUGUGUGUCGGCUGAGUACUGUGAGACCAACUUGCCUCUGCUCAUCACGAUCAUGGAGCGCUCCCCUGAUGCAACGGUCCGGUCGAAUGCCGUCAUUGCCCUCGGGGACAUGGCCGUGUGCUUCAACCACCUCAUUGAUGAGAACACGGACUUCUUGUACCGUCGCCUGGCAGACUCAGACGCCUCCGUCAAGAGGACCUGCCUCAUGACCCUGACUUUCCUGAUUCUUGCUGGUCAGGUCAAGGUCAAGGGCCAACUGGGCGAGAUGGCCAAGUGUCUCGAGGAUGAAGACAAGCGCAUCGCUGAUUUGGCACGGAUGUUCUUCACGGAGCUGUCGACCAAGGACAAUGCUGUGUACAACCACUUUGUGGAUAUGUUCUCCCUGCUGUCUGCAGAGAAGGGCCUGGCGGAGGAGAGCUUCAGGAGGAUCGUGCGGUUCCUGCUCGGAUUUGUGGAGAAGGAUAAACAUGCCAAACAGCUUGCAGACAAGCUGGCUGCCCGCCUCCCCCGCUGCGAGACGGAACGGCAGUGGAACGAUGUCGCAUUUGCCUUGGGCCUGCUGCAGCAUAAGAACGAAGAUAUCACAAAGCUGGUCUCGGAGGGCUUCAAGAUUGUCCAGGCAGCGGCUUAGAGGGCUGACCUGCCCCAGCGGUGAAGUCUGGAAAUGCCGUCGCCUGCAUGACAAUAAGCGGACAGGUAGUCGAUCUGGAAUGUGUGAUGGAUGGUCUGACGAAUCUAGGGCGUUCCAGCUGGGUUGGUGGUUGCACUGUUCAUAGGCGUCGGCUGGAUAGAUUAUGUUUGUGAUGAUACAAUGAGACGCACAGAAUUGCUCC